AUGAGAACAAGAAGUAGGAGCUUGUUCACCGAUUUCAUACCUCACAAUAAUACUACUAGUAAUAAUAGUGGGAGUAAUACAAACUCACCAACUAGUACUAGGGAGGGAAGACAAUUCUCUCCCACGAGUCCAAUAUUGCAAUCCUUCAGAACUACUCAAUCACUUGUGGAGGAAGAUGUUGGAACCGAGCCAAAAACACUCUCCAUUUCAUUAAGGGAUAACUCACCUACUGUAGGAUCAAAUUCCUCUUCACCAUCAUCUAAUCCAUCAUCCUUUUCCUCAGCGUUGAAUGGUGGAACGACCACCUUCUUUACACCUCACAGUCCAACCACACCCUCUCCAAGUACUUCAACUCCAAGAAGAAGAAAACUCUCACUAGGAUUGAGUAGUAUGCAGAAUAUGAAUUCUACUCCACUCUCCUCUUCACCAACACCUUCACCCCUAACAAUGAAUCCCUCCACAACUGUACAACAAGCAACAAGUGGGGGAACUUAUGUUCCAGGUACUUUUAAUCAAUCCCCUUCCCCACCAAGUUCAACAUCUCCUUCAAGUCUCUCCUCCUCUCCUUCUAAUUCUCUAUUCAUUAAUGAUGCAGCUGGAUCUUCAAGCCCUAGAAAUUACUCACCACGAAGAUAUUCAAUAAUGCCUGCUGUUGGAUUUGCCACUCCUCCCCCACUAAGUUCUUCAUCAAAUGGUUCUUCCACACCUACUGGAGGUAAUAGUAGAAGAAAUUCAUUGGAGAGGAAGGUCUCUGAAGCUUUUGCCUUUCCAAACAUUAAUGAAAAACCAAUGAAUAAUCGUUUGAGGGAAAUUAAAUCGAUGGAACUUGAUGAACAAAUGGACUAUAAUUCAUAUAACAAUUCAUCGAGUAAUAACAACAAUAAUAAUAACGACUCAUCAAGUAAUAAUAUCAUUGAUGACAUGGGGGGAUUGCUUAAUUACAUUUCACCCCAAUUCCUUCAACCUGCAGUUCCUGCACAACCAGUGUUGGAGAGAAGAAGGAGUUUCAAGAGAAAUCCAUCAUCGCCAUCUGUUGUGGGAGAUCAUGAAGUACCAUCUCUCAUUCCAACUUUCCAAAGGAAGGACAGUGUAUCUUCUCUGGAACAAGUUAGAGAGCUGCAAAGAGUUCCAUCAAAAAGCUCCAACCUAACAGUUGUAGCAAGUCCAUCAUCAAACAGUACUUCCUCAAACAGCAUUGCCCCAAUUAGAGGAAAAAUCUCCUGCAACUCCUUGUAA